GAUUCGUUGAACGCAGCACAGUUAAAUACUAAGUCACCAACUGUCAUAUAGAAAAUAAUAUUUGAAACUCAAAAUGAAAUUAUUGUAUCUACUGUCAGUUUUCAUAUACAUUGCGUCCGUGAUGGGAAUGCCUCAAAAGGUUUCUUUAACUCCAUUGUCAUCUGAGGAGGAUUAUGGUGCAAUGCGUGGAGGCAAUUUACAAAAUAUUGCUUCUAUUCACGAUCGCUAUCCCAUUUAUGUGCUUGGACCCUAUCACAGUGAUGAGCGUCAGAGGCCUAGUUUAAAUGCUUUACGAGCUUACAUUAAUAACAUGAAUGCGGAUUCCACAAUGUUAAGAAAGCUCUUGUUGUCGAAAUUAGUGGCUCAAUGUGCGAAUCAAACAAAAUCACAGACACAUUUAUCUUAUUUAUGUAGUCAUAUUUUCGAUAAUGAUAGUAAUGUCUAUUUUACAGUUUCCCCCGAACUCCAGUUAUCGAAUGAAUCGCCCAAGAUCAAGAAGAAUUUCGAUGAAAUUGACAAAACCUCAGCCAGCUUUAGCACUCUCAAUCAAUUGGUAUAAAAAUUCACUGAUGAAUAUGAUUCAACAAUUCUGAUGCGGCAAAUGGAACAUACAACACUUGUAUAUUAAACGAUUCAAAUCUGGUGUAUUGUAAUAUUACGAAAUAAUAAUUUAAUUUGAUUUUCUUAUGCAAAUUACUAUUUAUUUAUAUUGUAUUAUGUACUUAUUAUAGACAAAAUAAAUUUAAUA